AUGAUCGACGUUCAGGAUGCAACGAAACUCAUCCGGGACAUGUUGCCUAUCAUAGAUCCUGAUGAAGAUUACCUUACUAUUGUUGCUGCAGAGGAGCAAAUCAGUGCAUCUGAGGCACGACGCAAGAAGGAAUUCGAGGAGGCCCUUACAAAUCUAAAAGCCCUAUCAAAGGUUUUGGAGGCAGCACGUAUAUCAUCUACAAGACCCGGGUCUGUUCCUUCCGAACAAGCUCAUGCUACUACUUUGAAUGAGCUUGAUGGUACCAAGAUAUCUCUCGCCAAAGCCAUCAGUGAUGCAGAGACUGCACUGGGUAGCAAAGAAGCAGAACUGUCCGCUCUGAAAGAGGAUGCAAGAAAACUCGAAGUGUAUGAUCCUGCAGCGGAACACGAGAAAGAAUUAGAUGGCAGCACCCUGAGACUGGCGAUUUACAAAGCAAUUGGAUUUGAGCCAAUACUGGAUAAGAACGGAAAUAUCAAAAAAAUGCUCGUCACCGCGCGAUCGGGCGAUGUCCAUUCAGUUGACUUUAACACUGAGAAAAGCGACCUAGAAUGUACAGAACUCCUAUGGAAGCUCGUAAACUCGUGA